AUGUCCUCUACAUUCAUCAGAGGUCCUAUUUGUGGAGUCGACAAUUGUCCAUCCAGAUUAUGGAGGAUCAUUGCUGGUAGAAGAACCUGUCAAUAUGGUCAUGUUAUGGAAGGUGAUAUUGAAUUUAAUAACGAUGAUGAUGCUGCUGGACAACAAUCUCAGGGUGUUAUCACUAAAAGACUAAAUUUAACUACAAAUCAACAAGGUAGUUUCCAAUCAAGUCUUUCUUUUUCACAACAGAAUAUUCAAAAAAUUAAACAUAGUAAAAAGUUUAUAAAGGGGAAACAGGCUAAAUUGUUAAUGAUUAAGUCCUUACAAUAUAUUUUGAAGAAACAAGUAGAUUAUUUGAUCAAUAUCUGUGGAUUUCCUGUAAAUUUUGAAAAUAUUGUUAAAUUAAUUUGGUUAUCAUUUUUAUGUAAAGUCAAUAAUGAACCAAAGGGCGUUAUCAUCUCACUUAAUAUUAAUAUAACUGUAUCUGUUAUUUACUUUUCCAUCUUACAAUUGGGAUUGCCAGUAUAUUUCUGUGAUUUGAUCAAUUGGAUUUCAUCAUUAGAUUUUCCAUAUUAUAAAGCUGGGAAUAUUAUCCCACGAAGUUGGAAUGAAAGAUUGCCCAACUUUUAUUUAUCAUCUUUAAAUGGAAACAAUUUAUUAACUUUGAAAACUUUCACUGAUGCUAUAUUGCGUUUUAACUCAUUAACACACACUUCUAAGAAGUUUAAUAGUACAAUAAAUGUUACUGGAUUAAUAUUUAAAUUAGUUACAUUGAACACAUUACCACCUGAAUUUUUCUUUUACACCAAAAAGUUCGUCGAGCUAUUUUGUUCUGAUGAAAAGGAUUUAACUAUAUCCAUCUAUAAAAUACCGAAUAGAAGUGUUUCCAACCAUAUAUUAUUACCCGAAACAUAUGUUAUAUUAAGUUUCAUUCUUACAAUACGGUACAUCCUUUUAUAUGAUGGGGUAUACACUGAGAAACAAAUUUAUCCUAAUUCUUGGCUUGAAGCUUUGUUACGCACAGCCCCUAUAAAUGAAGAAGAUAUAAGUGAGAAGAGUGUUAAUCGUAGACUGACUAAACUAUUAAACACAAAUCAUGAUGUUGCAAACGAAGUAUCAUCAAAUCCAAUAAAUUGGACAGAAAAAGAAACAACAAACUAUUUAACUUGGAUCGAAAGGAAGUUUGUGCCGUUGGAAGUGAAAAACCAUGAAGAAUUAGGAAAAUUUUCUAUGGAUGAAGGUAUCAUUCUUAGAAAAUUGAAUGACAUUGUGCCAUUAGACUCGACAGACUUUCCUUAUACUGAAUUGAAUAGAACACCCUUAACUUUCAUUGAAGAAUUGCAGGAGAAAUACUUAAGAUUAUUAGAUUCAGUAGAUAAUAAUAAUAGUAAUACUGUUAAUUCCAAUCGUGUUAAUGAAGACAUAGAUUUUAAAAAACGGUUAGAUUUAAUUUGUAAGUUAGAAAACAAAAUUAUUUUCGAUUUAUCAAAUGAUUUUAAUACCUCUGUUGAAAAUUUACAAUAUCAACUGGCUGCUUUUGAGACAAGAAUAAAGACCUAUAACAAUUAA